AUGGUUAUGAGCAUUAUAAGCCCAAAAGCCGGCACAGCACACAAUUGCCAAAAGAAAGGUCAUUACUCGCAACAGCCACAUCGAAACAAGAUGGAAAACCACCCAGAAAUCCCUCAGCAACCAGAAAGCAUAAGCCAGAGUCGAACCCUCCAAGUCGACUUCACAUGGAAGAAAUGGAAAGCCCUGAUUUCAGAAAAAGACGACCCUGCAUCAAAACCAGUCUACAUAAUCGAUUUCCCCUUCAAAACAGCACCUUCUCUAGUCGUCAAAUCCGCCGCCGACGAUUCAACAAUCGGUACGGGGACUCUGCGCCCGAUAUCCAUCAACGCCUCCUGCGAACUGCACGGGUCACCCAUCGAACUAACCGCGCAGAAGCGGUUCAAAACCCAAUACACGCAUCUCUCACACUCAUUCUCCGACACAGAUGCGCCGGUCCCCAUGCACUGGACCAGCAGCAGCGGCUUCACGACCUGGAAUUUUAUCUGCCUAGACCAGAACCAGUUGCCCGUGGCAAAGUUCUCGGCAAGUGUAUGGGCGGUGAAGAAGAUAGGGAAUAUUGAGUUUUUGGGAGAGAAAGCUAUGAGCGAUGCUGCGAGAGAUGAGAUUGUUGUCACGGGAUUCACUUUGUAUUGUUGUAUGCUGCUGCGUUGUAAUAGUGUUCUGUCCUUGUUUGGUGCUGUUUUCUCACGGCCGGGGCAUGAUGACAAGGGUAAAUUGGGGUCAUAA